AUGGGAUUUAACAACUCCAAAGUUCUUAGUCCUUACUUGGAAGAUAAAAUCAUGGGCGUCUUUAAAAAGAUUGACACUGACGGCUCAGGCACCAUUGAUAAAGAUGAAACAAUAAAAUUCUGGAAAUCCAAUUUUGCUAAAGUUAAUACCGAAGAAUUAUUCAAGGCAGUCGACCUCGAUAACAACGGUACCAUCUCACAAGAUGAGUGGCUUGAGUUCUGGUAAGAAGUGAAGAGAGUUGGACAUUCUGAAUAAGAAAUCGAAGACGAACUUGAGAAUUUAUUGGAAGGUUUCUCAUGGGUUAGUUUCAAUAAUGUAGAAGAUGCUUCUAGACGUUGCCACAAAUGA